UCCAUCUGCUUCAUGAACAUGAGCCGGCUGCUUUCUCUGCCUCUCCGAGGGUCUUUGAGCUGUUUUGACAUAUGCGCUCCUUCUCUGCCUCUCUGCCUCUUUCUUUUUACUGCGCUUUCCACCAAUCCCACAGCUCUCUCCAUACCUCUAUUUCUCUGUUUUUUUCCCCUUCAGGACAGGAAAAGGAGCGGUAGUACCAGUGAAGAAGACUGACCACAAUAACAGGAAGAGGAAGUGGGCAGUGACCUGUGUGAGAGAGGACUGUGGUCAGACAGCUGUGGUUUUGGCUACUGGAUGAGGAAACCACAUCAGAGGUGAAAGGAGGAAAAAGAGCACGAGAGACUCAAAACCUGUUGGUCUCUGGAGGAAAAACCUUGACAACCUCAGCAGGGAAAAAAGAACGAUAAAGACAUUUUUGGGUUAAAAACUUUAGAGCCGGAGCGACUGGUGCGUUUACCUGUUCGAGAAAAAACCUACAGACUCAACACAGUGAUAUCUCUGUGAUUACCUGCGGACUGAAAUUCCUUUUUUUUUUUUGUUGAACUCAGAGAUUUUAUCUUUGGAAAUCCAACUCUGGCAUACAUUCUCAUUCAAGGGGCAUCAACCCAUACUUCAUGAUCACAGACUUAUAUUAUUAUCGAGUCCUCAGUCCAGAAAAGGAUUUGUAGAGAAACCUGGUGAGCCGAGAGAGAAAUCACUGCCUGUACAACAACACCUGCUGCUCUCUUUCAACAUCAGAAAACAGCAGAAAAAAAGAAGCAAGAGCGAGGGAGAGGAGGUGGUUUCACUCCAUGUUGAGCAUACGACCACCCACCAGUGACUAAUUUCUACCACAACCUGCUACAUUAAUAAACUAUAACCCCAGUUAUAGAGGGAGCAAGAGAGCACCUUGAAGGAUUUGGGCUUCGUUUUGUACCGAACCAGAGGUCUCAACAGUUCUACUUGGUUUGGACAUUCUGUCUGUGUGAUGAUGGCUUGGCUCCAGCUGGGGACUAUGGGGCUUAUUGCCACUAUAGCCUUGUCCAUCUUACUCACUGUUGCUGAUUCUGGCGUACCUGGGGUGGAAGCAGAGAAGGGAGGCCCUGUUGAGAUUGUGAAGAAGGAGACUCAUCCUGUCCUAUUCAGGCAGAAGAGAGACUGGAUCUGGAACUCUCUCUAUGUGGAGGAGGAGAAACCUGCGCCUCUUCCCUACAAGAUAGGACAGCUAAAAUCGAGCCAGAGUGCUGAGGUGAAGAAGUUUAAAAUAAAAGGUGAAGGAGCAAACGGCAUCUUCACUGUGGAUGACAAAGGAGACCUGUUUGUCACCAGAUCUCUGGACAGAGAGGAGAAGAGCAUGUAUCAUUUGACUGCCACAAUGUAUGAUGGGAACAACAAGAUGAUAGAGGAUUCUGGAGACUUUGUUGUGCAGGUGACGGAUAUCAAUGACAACAGCCCUGUUUUCCCCAAAGCAUACAAUGGAUCCAUUAUGGAGAGGUCCACGAUAGGAACUAAAGUAGUUGAGGUGACGGCAACCGAUGCUGAUGACUCCACCACUGCUAACGGCGAACUCAGGUACUCUUUGACCCAAGACCUUUCUGCCUUCGAAAUCGACAGCCUGACAGGUGUGAUCAGCUGCAAGAUACAUAAUCUGGACCGGGAAACCAAGAGUCAGUAUGUGGUGGUUGUUAAAGCUCAGGACAUGAGAGGAAUGGCCUCUGGCAGCACAGCCACCACCUCUGUCACCAUCACCAUCACCGACACCAACGACAACAUCGCUUCUUUCACCCGAAAGACAUAUGAACUGCAGGUUCCAGAGGACCACAAGUUGAAUGAGAAAAUAGGCACUCUGGAGUUGGAGGACAGAGAUCUGAUUCAGAACAAAGAACCCAUCUUUAUCAUCCCAAAUGACAUCAACAGAGUGUUUAAUGUUGAACUCAGCCCUAACAAGGACGGUAACCUCAUGCUCAAGCAGGCUCUGGACUACGAGACAACAAACAGCUACACUUUCAACGUCCAGGUGCGAGAAAACCUAAGAAACCUGGUUUUUCCUGCUGACAACCUGAACAGUGCUGUCACCACAGCCCAGGUAAACAUCAAGGUGUUGGAUGUAGACGAGCCACCAGUUUUCUCCCAGCACAUGUACACUUUCAAUGUGGUGGAGGAACGGAUUGUGGACAACAUUGCAUCAGUCACAGCCAGAGACCCGGACAGAGCCAACAAGAAGAUACGGUACUCCAUCUUAGACAAGGACUGUCCUAUCAGUAUCAAUCCGUCUACAGGUCAGCUGUCCACCCUGAGGAUGCUGGACAGAGAGCUGGAGGCCAAACACAUGUUUCAAGUUAAAGCACAAGAGGAGCCAAAUGGUUUGGAGUCAUUUGUGAAAGUUAACAUUAUGGUUCAGGACAUCAAUGAUAACAAACCUGAACUGGCUGUGGAGGACAUCUUCAUAUGUGAGAACGACAAUGCUAAUACGGUGAUAGGAACUUUGAGAGCCACAGAUAAAGACGACCAACCAGCGUCCUUCAGUUUCAGCCUCGCCAGUGAGAGCUCCAACUUCUCCAUCAGAGACUAUGGCAACAACACAGCAGACAUUGUGGUGAAAGAGGGGCCGUUCAGCCUGGAUGACCCCAAGGAUUACAGCGUGGAUGUGCGAAUCAGUGACGGAGGGCGACCCAUCCAGACCAGCGUGACCAAACUUGCAAUCAAGUCGUGUCGGUGUGAUGCCAGACGGAGUCCUACACAGUGCAAAGCCGGCGCCCGAAGGAUGGGAGUGAGUGUCCAUGCCCUGAUAGCCAUCCUGCUCUGCAUACUGACCAUACUGGUCAUCGUGAUCCUGUUUGUGAUGAGGAAACGCUACCAGAAGGAUUCUCUGGCCAGUAUGAAGAACAGCGGGGAGAUUCAUGAGCAGCUAGUCACGUAUGAUGAGGAGGGAGGAGGAGAGAUGGACACUAAUGGCUACGAUGUCUCAAUCCUGUCUUCUGCUUGCCAUGAUGGCUCCUUACUCCGUCGUCCGGACCACCACCCCCAUCCCUCUCUCUACGCCAUGGUCCAGAAACCCCCUCACCACUCUCAACCCACCGCAUGUAAGGGCGACAUGGCCGUGAUGAUCGAGGUGAAGAAAGAUGAGGCAGAUCACGACAGGGACGGCUUUCCGUACGACACCCUCCACAUCUACGGCUACGAGGGACCAGAGUCUUUAGCCGGAAGUCUCAGCUCUCUGGAAAGUUCCUCCACCGGUUCAAACUUGGAUUACGACUUCCUCAGCGACUGGGGGCCAAGGUUCAGGACCCUGGCCGAGCUGUAUGGCGUGGAUGGACAUGAGUACUACCAUCAAUACUGAUGGAGACCGUCUGCUAAUAAGCUUAGUAUAUGGUGCCAAAAUACACACACACACACACACACACACACACACACACCAAAAACAGCCAUAGAAAUACACUUACACAAAGCCAAAAGCAUGCAGUAAAUAUACACAUUCCCACACACAUAGAACCAAGCUUUGAUUCUGUCCACUUUAUUUCUGGACAAGGAGCUUCGAUCAAGCAGACAUGUUCUCCAAAGACUUCUCUAGCUUCUGAGAACAGAAUCAGGGCGCUCUUGUUUCCAGUGUAACAUUGAACUUUUCUUAUGAAGUUUAAUUCAGUGAGUCCGUUAGUUUGUCAAGGCUUCCAAGUCUGUUCACUCCCAGUCAUUAAAUAAGAGCUUCAUCAAACUCCAGGAGGCUCCAAGUAUAAUCAAGGAAUCUUUGUUUUUGGAGCUCUUUUACUUUUGAUGACAAGGUGCCCUUUGUCACCUUCUAUGAGAAGUCGAGACUAUUUUUUAUGCAACACCAGAACAUUGCACCACAGAUGUGCAAGAGGAUUGAUUGUUGGUGACAGGGAGUGAUUCAUACAGUGAGGAUGCAUUUUAUUCCAUCAUAGUAUUGUGAUGUUUGACACCAUAACCCUUUAAUUCUACCUAAGAAGAUCUGGAAAUCCAAACAGAUGAAACUCCACUUCGGGCCGUAGACAAUCAGUUUAUCUUGGAGACCUGAUUGGUUAAUCAGUUCACUGCUGGCCAGCGACGAGUUAUUCAACUUCUUUUGCAUUUAACUUGUGUCUCAGCUCCUUCUUGCAGCACCAUUUUGCAUCCCCUUUGUACUACCAUUGACUGUAUUGCAGGUUUGUAUCCUGUCUCUUUUAUUAUUAGUCUUUUCUAUGUAUCUACAUAUACACCUACCACGGUUGCAUUUGGGACUACUAAACAUGGACACAAAGCCUACAUUUACUACAAAAACAUUGUUUUUAAAUGUAUGCAUAUUAUAUCCUGGCUAAUAUUGAAAGACAUAAACUUGUCAUUUGGAUAUGAGCUCAUUUAAGUUUAUUGACUAUUGGAAUUUCAAUAUAAAAUAAAGUUUUAAAUUAGUUUUACGUCCUACUGGGGAUGCAAAAUGGUGCAUGUCAAAGCAGUUCAUUGCUGAUUUAAGUUUGCCAUUUUCUGUAUUACUCUUCUCUUUUUUAAUCUCGUCUAAAUUGUAUGUUUUUUAUGUUUUAUAAAAGGGCCACAAACACAACGAGAAGAAGAUGAUUUUAUUUUUGACCUAGGUUGGAAAUUUUAUUUGUAAAUAUGAACGUGGAGGCGUUUUAUUGUUUGAGGUGAAAAACUUUGAGCAGCCACAAGAGUUUUAACUCAAAGACGUUUGAGAUGUUUGAUGACAGCGAGAUGCCAGUUGUGUUGAGUUUAUCUAAAAUACUGAAAAGGACUGUGUAGGAAGGUUAAACAUGGAAAACCUACACAGUUCAUCAGUCUAUGAUAUCCAGUGCAGUUUUCUUAUAUGUCCACUUCUCAUUGUAUAUAGUUAAAGAUUUACUACAUUUCCCCGAAUGCAAUUGUGCAGCAGGUCUUGACAUAAGAUGAGGUGUUUGUCAAUGGAGUAAAGAAAAAGUUCAGAUAUGGUCCAUCAAAACUUUAGCACUGUUUUUUUCAAGGUAGAAACCUUAUGAAAUCCUUUCCCCUCUUUGUGUUUUCUUUAAAUGAAUGAGGAGUAAUUGUCUAAGUGACUCAUUUUGACCAUUUUCCCAUCUGCUCUGAGGGGAGAAAAGACAAUAGACAGACAGAAAGGAAAUGGCACUACUGCUGCUCAAACAGAAUUACAACAGGGUUUAUUUGACAGAACCCAUCAUCACAGUUAUUGCUCAGAUGAAAGCCCAAUUCUCAGAGGUCUACUAGAACAAAAGUAAUUCAGACAACUCAGGAAACACCAAGUAGCACAAGCAGCUAGUUGGGCAGUUGUGAUGACUCUGAGGUGGCUUGAAUAACUUUAACCUCUCAUUCUUUUUGGCUACUGUUGUCACAUGAACUCUGAUCCAACAUUGUGACAAUCUUUAGAUGAUUUUUAGCAAGAAACAAAAAGCACUGCACUGAUCAUUCAUAAACAAAGCUAAAAUAAUUUCACUGACCUGGAACUAACUCUAGUUUGUCCCAUCUUACAAGAAGGCAAAGGAUACUUUGUUUGACCCCUGGCUAUCUCAGAGAAGGUUGUAGAGCAACCAGCCAAGAACUAUUUAUCAAUGACACCAUAGCAUUAAAACAAUAAAGACAUUUUGUCUCAUUAUAACUGAAGGCUCUGCUGAUAAAUCAUGGCUUUUGCAGUUAGAAGGUCAUUUAUAAAGUCAUAACAGUAAAAGGUCACUCAUUGUCAGGAGUGACAACUUAUAAAUCAGUUUACUUAACUGUAAAAUGCCCAUUCCCAUUAAAAUAGUCCACUCUGCUGACAGCCACGUGUCUUCAGGACAGUCCCUUUGUUUAAAUAAAAAGAAGUAAUUUCAUUCUAGUUUAGAGAAUAUAGUUUAUUUACUCCCCUGUUUAUUCUGUUUUGUUUGGACUUGAACUUGUUUCUUUAAAACUCUGGCCUGUGUGGAAUGCCAUUUGAUAAACGGUGGAUACAAUAGCUGGAAGCCCUCGCAGUGCUUUCCUGUUGGGAUCAUAUAUAUUCUUAGAGCAGCCAGUUCCUCCACUUCUCUCUGUCUCAAUCUGGUUCUCCUGCUCUCCUUGUUUGCCUCACCGUACCUCUACUACACUGUUGCGCUCUCUCUCCCUCCUCUAAUCAGCUAAACCAAACAGUGGAGUCAACUUCCUGUCCAUCUGGGGCGUUGUGCCCGCCCCUUCCUGUCUGUGUUAUCUCUCUCGUCAGCCAACACAUUGUGCUCACUUCCUGUUAGCCCUGCCUGGGAAACAAUCUUGGAGAGGAAAAGGGAGCGAGGAGAAGGAGAAACAUUGGAUGAGGUUGGGGGUUGACAAGAAAGAAAGAUGAAGAGAACAAUGAAGAGCAGUGAUGAGUUUUCCAGCUGAGCAGAAACACUUUAGAGCUAUGAUGUGUGUGAUGAAACUUUGAGACACAUCACACAUGCAAGUGGUGUUAACAUCAUGUUGCCCUGGCAUCUUUUAUGAAGCAACAUUCAGAAAUCAAUAAGGAUUACCCACAACUGAGUCUUUGAAUUUGUAAUAGGAAACUGCACUUCGGUGGCUCCAAGUGGCAGAAAACAUUUUAAAAGCUUGCACUGAUGAUUAAAUUCAUAUCAAAAGUAGGAAUAGAAGACAACAACUGGUUUUAUAAGCCGCAUGUCCAACAUCCAAUGAACAAUCAAUGGCUUACUUGUCUGGCAGCCAUCUUUGUUUCGGUCACAGAAAGGAGACUCACCUUGUGAAUCAAGUUAAAACUCUACUUCACUGUACAGUGGAGGAAUUAUGUUUUUGUUCUGUCAUUUCAGACCUGUGGCUCUAAAGGGAUUUGUUUGUGUUGUUAUCAUCAUUAUCGUUGAUUUCAGCUUUUAUUAUAAAAGUCUGUGUCUGCAAAACAUCUGUGUUGUUGAAAUCAGCAGCCUGUAGCAGAUAGAGCUGCUCCAUUAUCUACUUUCCUAACAGCAAUAAGUGUUGCAUGUGGGAGAGGCAGAUGGGUACAUUUGCUAACAAUUUUAGCCAGCAGUGUUUUCCCACAACUGUGUGUAAAAGACAUACAUAUAUACAUUUAUACUUCUAAAAUAGUCCUUAACAGAAUAUGUCAAUCAUUAAACCCUUUAUUUGAAGCAUGCGUUUGGUGCAUAUGAUUUAAGUCAUAUUUGGUUUUAUUUUGUGUGCUGGUAACAUAAUAACUUAGACAUAUUGUUCUGGAAUGAAACUGAAAUUUGUUCUCACUACAUGUAAAAUAAUUCAUUUCAGGCUGGCACUUUCAUUUAAUGAUUUCUAGCCAUUGAUGGUCUUAUUUGCCUCUCCACAGUGACUCAUCGGACAUUGCAAAACAUUACUUUGUGAGGAUUUCUGUAUUCUCUUUGGAAUCUGCAAAAUCCACUAUGUAACAGUGAUGCCAUUCUGUUAUUUAAUAUCCUAAAAAGUGCCAUUUGUCUCCUCUAUUAAAUGGUGAACUUUGGAUCCAGACAGUGGAAAUAUAUCUCUCAGGUUGGGAUCCAGGCACAAAAAAAGUCAUUCACCUUUAUGUCAAGAAACAAAUGCCCCAUACGUAUUAUCACACUAGCUUCACAAACCAGACCUUUAAAGGAUUUAACUGUAAUUUAAUCUCUGUAUGACAUGUUAUUGAGGGGUUACUUUGAGUAAAAUGUAUAUAGGAAAAUGUGCCUAACAGUGAUUUUUCUCUCUUUUCUCCCUCACCUUGUUCAUAUUUUGCCUCAAUUGCUGUAUUUAGAAGAUGUUAAACUUGACACAAUCUCUUUGUAUUGCUGUGAACAGUAACAAAUGGUUCAUUUUCUACAGAUUAAAGAGAGUAGUCUUUGAUGCAUGAGUGACUGCCCGAGUGAAUAUGUGAUAUUCUGUUUGUGUUUGUUUGUGUGUGAAUGUGUGUGUGUAUGUGCUUGUGAUUGUACCCAUGUACAUACACACAAAUGAGUGUCAAACAAAUUUAAAAAAAAACAACCACAUAGAAUUAAAUUUUUUUGUGUAAAUACAGUAAGGGUCUUCAAGGGAGCAACAUGUGCCUUUAUUCUUUAAAAAAAAUACUGUAAUACAUUUUUUUGAUGGCAAACACAAUGUUUUUCUAUAUUGUUUUUAUGGUGUAUAGCAACUACUUUUUAUUACCUGACAUUUUUGUAAGUGUAGAAUUAAAAAUAAACACUCAAAUAUG